CACCGCCAUAAGUUCACUGCAGGCAAACCUCAAUGAAAGAAACUCAGUAUAAAGGCAAAUACUCAACAUUUUUCUGAGUUGUACAUGGGGAUAGAACCAUCCAUCAAUGAAGAGGACACAAAUAAAGGGAUUGUUUCUGGCCCUGAGAACAACAGGAUCAUCUAAGCUGUACUGAAACAACAGCAGUACCACCCUCUUCUCAUUUUUUUGGCCCUGCACAUGACUCUCAGAGAAGCACCAAUGGCCUGCAGCUUAGGCAUGGUGAUGAGUGCCUUGUUUUGGUCUGUAGCCAUUGUAUAUUUGACUCACAUUGGCAGAGUCAGUGGAGACUGCUGGUUAAUUGAGGGUGAAAAGGGCUUUGUAUGGCUUGCAAUUUGUAGCCAAAACCAACCACCUUAUGAGGCCAUCCCACAGCAUAUCAACAGCACCAUUGUGGACCUUCGUCUGAAUGAAAACAAGAUCAAAAGUAUUCAUUAUUCUGCCCUUAGUCGCUUUGCCAACUUGACCUACCUGAACCUGACAAAGAAUGAAAUCUCCUACAUAGAGGACGGGGCCUUUUCUGCUCAGUUUAAUUUACAAGUCCUUCAAAUGGGCUUCAACAAGUUGCGGAACCUGACAGAGGGAAUCCUCAGGGGUUUAGGAAAGCUGCAGUACCUCUACCUCCAGGCAAACCUGAUUGAGACUGUGACACCCAAUGCCUUUUGGGAAUGCCCCAACAUAGAGAACAUUGACCUCUCCAUGAACCGAAUCCAGCAGUUAGAUGGGUCCACGUUUACCAGUCUGACUAAGCUGACCACCUGCGAGCUAUACACCAACCCUUUCAACUGCUCAUGUGAAUUACUUGGUUUUGUCAAAUGGCUCUCUGUUUUCCCGAACAGGACGAAUGAGCGGAUGGUUUGCGACUCCCCACCUGGCGUCUCUGGUUAUAGUUUACUGAGCCAGAAUCCUAACAAUCCAACAUAUCGAAAUGCACUUCACAUGCUCACAACGGUUUGUACUGAUGACUAUGUGACGCCAUUUAUUGCUGUGCCUACUGAGUCUACAACACCUCCACCUGACUCAACACUUUGUGGGCUGGAAGACUGCCCCUCAGGCACAGAACCAGAUGACAUUACCAUCAGUACAACCUACAGCAGUGGGGAGGUAACCCCUCUGAUGAAAGUGAAGCAAGUAACCAAUACAGGGGCCACCAUCACAGUUCAGAUUCCUCAUCCUUACAAGAAGAUGUACAUCCUGGUUCUCUACAACAACAGCUUCUUCACAGAUAUUCAAAAUCUGAAAGACAUAAAGGAGGAUAUUGAACUAAAAAACCUUAAACCCCACACUAACUACACAUACUGUGUCGCUUCAAUACGCAACUCUCUUAGACACAACCACACUUGUCUGACAGUCACUACCGGCCCUCGGAUUGAAAAGGACAUAGCAGUAAACAAUGCAACUGCUACUCAUUACAUUAUGACAAUUUUAGGCUGCCUCUUUAGCAUGGUCAUUUUUCUUGGGGUGGUCUACUACUGCUUGCGAAGAAAGCGUCAGCAAGAUGAAAAGCACAAAAAAUCAGGAAGCCUAAAGAAAAAUAUAAUGGAGCUCAAAUACGGACAAGAACUGGAAGGAGGAACUAUUUCUCGAAUGUCACAGAAGCAGUUGUUGGCUGGGGAGAGCAUGGCACGUAUGCCAUACUUACCAUCUGCUGCUGAAAUGGAGCAGUACAAAUUUCAAGAGAUAAGUGAUACUCCUAAAAUGAUGAAAGGAAAUUACAUGGAUGUGCGAAGUGUGGACCACCACGAACGCAGGGAGUGCGACAUGGGAAUGGCUGGGAAUAGCCAGGGGUCAGUGGCGGAGAUUUCCACCAUUGCAAAAGAGGUGGAUAAAGUCAAUCAGAUUAUUAACAACUGUAUAGAUGCUCUGAAGUCAGAAUCCACCUCUUUUCAAGGGGUGAAAUCUGGUGCAGUGUCCACAGCAGAGCCUCAGCUCGUACUAAUAUCAGAGCACCCACAGAGUAAAUCUGGCCUUCUGUCUCCAGUGUACAAGGACAGCUACCAUCAUUCUCUGCAGAGACAUCGGUCGUCUGAUGUCUCACCAAAGAGGCCCAGCACUGCCACUGGAGGGCCCAUGCGAAGCCCCAGGCCUUAUCGCUCUGAAUCCAAGUACAUAGAGAAAACCUCCCCAACAGGAGAGACCAUCCUCACUGUAACACCUGCUGCCACCAUCCUGAGGGCUGAGGCAGAGAAGAUCCGUCAGUACAGUGACCACCGGCACUCGUAUCCUGAUGCUCAGAUAGAAGAGCUUGAAGGCCCCGAGAGCCACAAGUCCUCCAUGUUGGAGCCUCUUACUCACUCCCGCUCCAGAGACUUAGCAUAUUCCCAGCUGUCCUCUCAGUAUCACAAUCUAAGCUACUCCUCCAGUCCCGAGUACUACUGCAAACCUUCACACAGCAUCUGGGAGCGGUUCAAACUCCACCGGAAACGGCACAAAGACGAGGAGUACAUGGCUGCAGGGCAUGCACUGCGUAAGAAAGUCCAGUUUGCAAAGGAUGAGGACCUGCAUGAUAUUUUAGACUACUGGAAAGGUGUUUCAGCCCAACAUAAAUCAUAA